AUGUUUGAGUUUCCUAUAGCAUUGUCAUCCAAGAGAGUACGAAAUAGCCGUAAACUUCGAUACCAAUAUGUUAAUAAUCUGUACCAAAAGUAUAACAAGAUCGAAGGGAUCACACCCAAUGGUCUCCCAACACCUGAGAAUUCUGCUGCCGAAAGUAGCGAAAAUGAAUGUGCCCUAGAAAGGAAAAGAAAUCGCAUACGGAGAAGACUUAAGAGCAUAGCAGGAGAGAGUUAUAGCGAUUUCGAAUCAGACGAGGAGUUGAAUGAUGCAGCAGGUGAAGCCUUGGAAGACGAUGAAGAAGAGAAUCAAGAGCGCAGCUAUUUCAAGAAAUACGAGAAACCACAGGAAAGUUUUGAGAAAUGGCAAACAGACGCGAAGAAAAGAGCACCAAUACGAAGAACCAAGAUUUCGUUUACGAAAUAUCAAAGGAUGUGCAAGUCUGCCAAGCGCAAAAUGGCCAACGCACUCGAGCUAGCCUCAAGACGCAGCAGAAUUUACUUGCAAACUGUUAGCGAAGGUUUUGAAAUGGUCGAACCUAUCGAUGUGAAACCAGAGACGUACCAAAUGAAGCAUAUCAGUGUCCUGAACAGCCUUCUGCAUGUUCAGUUAUGUCGAGGAAAUUGGGAUGCUGCCUAUAACUGUUUUGCAUUACUUAUACGGAUUCCGGGCGUCGAUAUCAGAAAUGUCUGGGGUAUUGGUAAUCAAGUUUUGCAUGCUAAGGAGUCGCCAAAGUAUCUCGAAUUUUUGGAGUGGAUGAGCAACAUAUAUUCGUCAAGGACAACGUAUCCAGAGGAUGUGAACUUCAGAACUGCCCCUGUUUUCACCAAGGGUUCACGAACUCAUGUACCCAAGUUCGUCAGCACAUGGCUGUGGGAGUCACUCAUUCAGUAUACUCGAGAGUCAUUUGAAAUCAGCGGAGACUCUGAACGCGAUACUGAUAAAUUACAGGAACUGAUAGACAAGAUUUCGGAGAUGAUACUAGCACCUCCUCACAUGGAAGACUCAGAGAUCUGGUUCAUAUACAGUUUAUGCCAUAUGGUCAAGGCGGAUAUCCUGUCAACCAGGUUUGAUGGUCAUUUGGUUGGUUCUGCAAGAGAUAUUGCUAGCAAUCAAGUUAUACAGCAUAUCCAGAGGACGAAGAGCUGCUUACAAACUUGCAUAGCCAAAGGUGACUUCGCUUAUCCGAAGAGGCACAUCGAGCGACAACUGGAGACAUUUGAGAAAAGACUGCAUAUUGAUGAUACCGAUUCGAAGAGCAUGGAGCAAUAUGCUGAGGAAAUGAAUGAGGAAUUAGAUACGCAAAGCAUCUUAUCAGAAAACGCUUCUCAAGGUUAUUUAAGCGGACAUUCAUCAAGUACGUAA